GAUGACACAGAAGAAAAUUCCAAUGAUGGCAGCCAGCCGUCCAAAAGACGGCGUAUGGGCUCAGGGGACAGUUCUCGGAGCUGUGAAACUUCCAGUCAAGACCUUGGGUAUAGUUAUUUUCCUGCUGAAAAUUUGAUAGAAUACAAAUGGCCACCUGAUGAAACAGGAGAAUACUAUAUGCUUCAAGAGCAAGUCAGUGAAUAUUUGGGUGUGACUUCCUUUAAAAGAAAAUAUCCAGAUUUAGAAAGGCGAGAUUUAUCUCACAAGGAGAAACUCUACCUCAGAGAACUAAAUGUUAUCACAGAGACUCAGUGCACACUAGGUCUGACAGCUUUGCGUAGUGAUGAAGUAAUUGAUCUUAUGAUUAAAGAAUACCCUGCCAAACAUGCUGAGUAUUCUGUUAUACUGCAAGAGAAAGAACGACAGCGAAUAACAGAUCAUUACAAGGAGUACUCUCAAAUGCAGCAGCAGAACACACAGAAAGUAGAAGCCAGCAAAGUUCCAGAAUAUAUUAAAAAGGCUGCCAAGAAAGCUGCAGAAUUCAACAGCAAUUUAAACCGAGAGCGGAUGGAAGAAAGAAGAGCCUAUUUUGAUUUACAGACACAUAUUAUCCAGGUGCCUCAAGGAAAAUACAAGGUCUUGCCUACAGAGCGAACAAAGGUUAGUCCUUAUCCAGUGGCUCUCAUACCCGGCCAGUUCCAGGAGUACUACAAAAGAUACUCUCCAGAUGAACUUCGUUAUCUGCCGUUAAACACAGCUCUUUAUGAACCUCCUUUGGAUCCAGAGCUGCUUACACUGGACAGUGAUGGAGAUUCAGAUGAUGCAGAGGAAGGACGAGGUGAUGAAAAACGGAAAACCAAAGGCAAUUCGGAUAAUUCGUCUGGCAAUGUAUCUGAAGGUGAUUGCGCCACAGACAACCAGGAGGAUUCUUUUCAGGGAAGACAAAAAACAAGAGACAAAAGUGCUACUCCAAGAAAAGAUGGUUCCAAACGUUCUGUAUUACCCAAAUCAGUUCCUGGGUACAAGCCAAAGGUCAUUCCAAAUGCUAUAUGUGGAAUUUGUCUGAAGGGUAAGGAGUCCAACAAGAAAGGAAAACCUGAAGCUCUUAUACAUUGCUCCCAGUGUGACAACAGUGGCCACCCUUCUUGCCUUGAUAUGACCCCGGAGCUUGUUGCUAUGAUUAAGACUUACCCUUGGCAGUGUAUGGAGUGUAAAACAUGCAUUAUAUGUGGGCAGCCUCACCAUGAAGAAGAAAUGAUGUUCUGUGAUGUUUGUGACCGUGGUUAUCACACUUUUUGUGUGGGGCUUGAUGCUAUCCCUUCAGGUCGCUGGAUUUGUGAUUGUUGUCAGAAAGACCCUCCUGUACCCAGAAGAGGAGGAAGAAGGGGGAAAAACAGCAAGGAGGGCUAAAAAAGCCCUAAAAACUUGCUGUCCAAAACUUAACUGCACAAAUUAAAGUGAUACUCUGGUGCUAUUUAAUCAACCACUCUAUAAGAGGAGCAAUACCACUUUUUUUUUUUUUUUCUCCUUUUUACUAAAUAAACUUUGUCUAUAUAUUGA